CCUGCCAUAAUUAUCAGCACUAGUUUGCAUUUUGCACAUUUCAACUCGGCAAUGAAGCGUUUACGACAGACACUACAAUUAUUUUGAUUUUCAAUUUGAACCAAACGAUAACUAUAGAAACAAUGCAAUACGAGAAUGAAAAUGAAACGUUGGCUGACAAGUCAAGAUGCGCCGGAGCCCGAGCAGACCUGAAAAUGUGCCUUCUCGAAAGCGACUGCUGUAAAAUUCAUAAACGCACCCCCAGGGAAUGCCUAAGAACAACUGAUGGGACUGUCCCUGACAAAUGUCAAGCACUGAGAGUAACUUUCUUCGAAUGUAAACGCUCGCUUCUAGACGGUAGACGUCGAUUCCGCGGACCAAAGGGAUACUAGCAUCUUCAACAGCAGGCAAUUCUUGUGAUUAUUUAAAUUUUUUCCGAUUACAGCAGAGCCUGUAGUUUUCCAAAUAUGUAUUCUGUCGACUUUGAAAUAUUAAUCCUCUGUUUAUGACAACUCUAGAAACUUCUACAAUAUAUCAUUGCUGUGAAACUAGUGUAUUAAUUCAUUUUUGUGACACAUAAAAAAGUACGAGUUUCACUGUGUCCUAUAUCAGCUUCGAAUUGCUGUUAUGCAAACAAUAGAUAGAAGUAUUAUACCAUGUAAGUACGCAUACAUAGAGUAUAUAUAUCUGCACAUUUACUAAUGUCAUGUACCAAAUUAUAUAAGUAUUUAUUAUUAUAUAUUAUCCAAAUGUAAGAUAAUCAAUGAUGGUAUUGAUUAUGUUCAAUGAAAAUUGUACAUAAAGUUGAGAUCAUCUACACAACAAUGUCAUAACGCAAUAAAGGUAUGAUUAAUCAAAACUGAAAUCAAGUCGAGGAAAAUAUGUAGCCAAACUUUAUUAUUAUUAUUAUUGUUGUUAUUAUACAAUUACGUAUUACUAUUGUUAAUAUUACUAUCGCAGUACAUGCAUCAAUUGAAAAUAUAUCGAUAUAAUAUGUAUUAGAUUUGUGUUACCGCUCAGCGGAGAAAUACUGACGUUAUAAUUUUCAUUUUGGGCUUCCGGUUUUUCCGAUAUUGUUCUACUUCAAAUUUAAAUCCGAUUCGAGUUUAUGUAUCUUUCAUGUCGUAUACUACAUCUCCAUUGUAGCAUAUAGUAUAAUCAGUAAUACAUACUUCUAAAUAGGUAGGUAAUACUUUUUUCGUAUGUUUAUCGUAGAACGUGAGACAAAAACGCUAACGUAUUACUAUGAUUAUUGUUUUUCAAUUUUAUCCCAACGAUUUACGUUACGUUCUCUGAUCACUUCGUUGUGGGCAUAUAAGACGAAUGCAGAAAAAUAUUAUCGAAUUUAUAAAGCUUCGAAAAUGAGUUGGUCAAGGAUUCGGGAA